CGGAAGGGAGACUGAGUUACCCGCGAAAUUUGAGGAAGUGAGAAAAUCAUCAGCUGACAGCUUUGAUUGAGCUAUCAAGCAGCAGGUGCAUUGUUGAUCAGAUACCAUUUCAUGAGAGGAAUUUAAGGCCUAUGUAUAUGGUGAAUGAUGGAAAAGAAAAUAAUAGGAUUCAAUGAUGCAGGCAAGACGGAUCAACUGUCAGCGGCGCUUGAUGACCUGCAACCAUCCCAGCUGACAGACAUGCUGAACAACUUAAUUCUCAAAGGACGAGGGGAUCCACUGGCCUUUCUGCAGGCAGUUUUCCAAGGGUCUCCAUCAACGGAGACGUCUGGUGUGGAGCGUCUCCUCCUGGUGUAUCAGCACCUUCUCAAGAUUCUACACAAGAACGAAAUCAACACCAAGAUGGCAUCAAACUUGGUUGGCCUCAUGAUGCUUGAGGCUGACUCCCUCCCCGGCACGGUGUUGGUGGAGCUGGCUAGUAGGUUUGUGGAGUCCAUCAAGGAGGGGACGCUGCAAGGAGGAAAAGCACUGGAGCUAUUUCCUAAGUUGCUGUCGGUGUUGUCUGUGCAGGAGACAGUCGUGCACGGGGAGAACUCCAUGAAGGGGUCGGAGUACAAGAGCCAUGUCCUCAACAAGGUCUGCUCCUGCAAAUGGAACCCUCAGAGUGUCCUUCACCUUGCUGCCAUGUUCCGGGACGUCCCCCUCACACAGGACGAACUCAAGUUUGUCCUUGAGAAGGUCCUACGUGGGAUGCGUGACCUUGACCUUCAGGACCUCCCUGCACUGGUCUAUCAGCUGUUGUUACUGGCCGCUAAGGGUCAUAAGAGGCUGGUCCUGGAGGGGAUCACUGACUUCUUCAUAGACCAGGACAACCUUCACCGGAGCCGGGGAAACCAGGAAAGUGAGGAUCUGAUGUGCGAGUACAGCGGUGUGGAGACGUUGCGGCACACGGAGGGUACCAGCAUCCUCCAUAUUGUCGUCUCCGUCAAACAAGAUCAGGAGCUGGGCAGAGAGUUUGUCAAAUAUCUGAAGGCCAGCCAGUUGUCCUGUCCAACGAGAGCUCUUGCCCCUUUCAACCUUGCCCUUGCCUUGUCCACAGCCCAGCUGCACAGAUUCGAGGAUCAGAUAUUUGAUUUUCUAAAAAGUACAAUACUGAGAUGUUUUAAAGACACUGACAGGCAGCAGCAGUCUUACCUGGUGAGGGAGAUCACACAGGAGAGACUGAACAUAGAGCACAUGGUGCUGGAGACUGUCAGUAACAGUGUGUACGGCUGGGACCAUGUGAUACAGAGCCUGGUCCAACUCGGCUUCACGCUGAUGGACAGUUUUGGCCCCAAGGCCGUGUUUGGGAGGAUUGAACCCACCAGCCCCACCACACAACUGACUCCAGCCCGGCAAAGCUGUAGACUUGGUGCAAGGCUCCUUAUCAACACAUUCAAGGCUCAUGAAGUUGUGAGACAUGAGAUUCUGGACCAGAUCUUCAACAGAGUCACCAUCAAGGCCACUUCACCAGUGUCUCAUUACUUGGAGCUGCUGGCAGACACGGUUAAGUCUGCCCCUCAGCUUCUCCUGGAGUCUGUUCCCAAGGUGAGAGAAGCGUUUGACUACCUGUCAUUCCUGCCGCCAUCAUCGGCCGAGGGACUUCUGAAGGCCAUACAGCCGCUACUCAAACUCAGCAUGUCUCUCAAAGACUCGCUCAUACUCGUGCUGCGUAAGGCCAUGUUUUCCAAACAGUUAGACUCACGGAAGAUCGGUGUGAUGGGGUUCCUGAUGAUACUGAAGCACUUCAAGGUCCUGGGAGGCCUGGUGGCCAGUCAGUCUAGUCAGACUUUCUCCCUCAGCCAGAUCCAGGUGGACGUCCAUAAGCCAUACAAUGCAGCAAGUAACGAGGCUCUGUGCCUGGAGAUCCUGGGCAACCUGCGACGAUGCUGCACCCAGCAGGCAGACGUCCGCCUCCAGCUGUACGAGGGUCUGUACGAAGUGCUGUGCCACAACUCCAAACUCCAGGCCCCGGUCCUCGAUAUGCUGCUUAAUCAGAUCAAGCGUUACUACGAGUCAGACAGCGACAUGACGCCUCCAUUAAAGCUGGACCCCUGUAUCCUGGCCCAGGGGGAGUCUGUGUAUCUGGCAGAACCCAUGGGGCACCUGCUCGGCUGCAUCCAGCAGUGUGUUGUGAAGACCAGAGAGUUCCAGAACCAGGCAGGUGGGGAGGAUGACGAUGAGGAUGAGGACUGUGUGACAGCCUUGACUGAGCUGGAGGAGUUGCUGACGUCCCUGACGACCAGGAUGAUUGCAUGUGAGAUGGAAGACUUCGAACUGGACAAAUCAGCGGACUUCUCGCUGGCGUCCAGUGUGGGGGUCAAGAACAACAUCUACGCCAUCCUGGUGCUGGGGGCCUACGAGGUGCUGAUGGAGUACACGUUUACCGCCGGGCAGUUCAGUGUGAGCAGCUGUGAACAAGUUCUGAAGCUGUAUGACAACUACCACAAGCUGAGCGAUGUUCUGAAGGAGAAGACGACUGCAGGUGCUGGGAAGAAAGUUCGCCCUGCAGCUGGGAAGUCCCCCCACAGUCUGCUGUCUCUCCCCUUCGUAGUCAACAUCUUGAAGGCACUGAUCAGUGACACCAGCACAGUUCAUGGGGACAGCCUGGCUGUGCUUCGUGGGUGUCCGGAGUUCCUGCAGUACAUCACGUCCGUCGCACUCCAGAAGGUGCAGCAGAUUGCAGACAAGGGCACGUGUGACGGCGCUGCUGGCAUUGGCAAGGAGAGACUGCUCUCACACUGCUACUCUCUAGCCAGACUGUUGAUGACGUACUACACAGAGAAUCAGAUUCUGACAGAGGAGCACAAGAAAGAGAGGAAGAAGAAUGUCUGCAGCCAGAGUCUGGAGGGGCUGGUCGGCAUCAUGUCCUAUGUCGGUAGUCUGGGUCAGACACCCCUCUGUCAGUGUCUGUGUAAUAUAGAGAAGGACUGUGAGGGGGAGGAGGUGCGUGUCUCCAACAAGCCAGACAAGAUUCACACUCACAUCAAGGCCCUCCAGCGACUGAUCGCCAACAUCCUGGCGGCGGAGGACGAGGCCCAGAGCUGGAAGGAGCUGAUCUCCUUACUGACCAUCAUCACCCAGCUGACCAAACACCUCCCCACUAACAGCCCCAACUACGAGCAGGUCCACUCCUGGGUCAACAAGAUCUGCACAGAUCAGUCAAUAGAUGACAUGGCCGCCUGCAAGCAUCUCCUAGGGACACUCCUGUCCCUCACCCAGCAGAUGAAGAACCUACCCCUGCUGCUUCGUGACCUGGCCCAGGACAUCCACAGUCAGCUGGGGGACACAGACCAGGAGGUGGAGGUGGAGGACAAGACACACAUGGCCCUGGUGACACACCGCACGGCACCCACGGUGUUGUUGAUGGUGUUGUCCAGCACUGACCGGGAGCUGGACGAUAUUGACUGGUGUCUCACCUGGAUGAAAGCAGACAUUCUCUCGAAGCACAGACAAGAGGAUGACAACAUGUCCCAGGCUUUGACCCAGCGGGAGAACCAUGAGAAGACAACGUGUAUUCGACUCGGGCAUCUUGUCACUGGCUACCAUGAACUUGUGCAGACAGCAGUGCCGUACGGGGCAUGUGUGGAGGCCAUUUUGAAAACUCUGACCCGAUACUACACUACUAUCACAAACUACGUCAAAUAUUAUCUGUCCCUGUAUGCCAACAAGAUUGGCCAUUUGACUGCUCGGUUUGAGAAACUAGUGAAGCUGGUUGGGCGAGAGCUGACACAGAAUGUCUACCCCUUCAUAACCUACAUACAGACGUGUGAGCACGAGCACAUGCAGCAGGCUGUCGACAAGGUGAAGAAGGACAAGAAGAAGACUGGGGCGGCCGUCCAGGCAGGGAAGAAUCGGGCCAUGAAACAGACCAAGACAAUUCCAAACUUGAUCUAUGCUAUUGAGCAGUUUGAGAGGUUCAUUAUACAGCUGGGCAAGAAGUCCAAGGUGAACUUGAUGGACUACAUGAAAGUAAGCACAUCACGCGACUUCCGCAUCAACGUCGCAGCGGUACAGGCAGUGAUGGAGGAUGAGUCUGACGAGGACGAGGAAGAGAUGGAGCAGGAGGGAGAGGCUGGCGGGGAACAAGAGGAGGGGGGCCAAAAUGGGGAGCAGGCUUCAGAAAGUGAAGGCAGUGACGAGGAGAACCACGCUCCACACAACACAAACCCUGCUGAUGAGGAUGAAGCGGCGCCUCCUACCAAGAAGAGUAAGCUUGGCCGUGCAGCAGGCCGGGGGAAACGCAAGACAGCCAACUGAAGGGGAUCUAUAUAUCUCAACGGAAAUAAUUGGGGUGAAAUAAUUAAUGUGACAUAGAGCAAAGUAGGAAGGAAGUUAAAGCUGUCAACAAUUUUGGGAUCAUUGGCAUUAUUGAUGAAAGUGCCUUUAUAACUUUGAUGGAAACAUCCUCCUGGUUCAAAAAAAGAGUGUCAUAAUACCAAUUCUGGUCAUAUGCUUUUCUGAACUGGUGAGGUGAGGUGAAAUUGGGUUUAACGUCGCGUCCAAGAUUAUUGCACUUAUAUAGCGACGUGCAUGCACGUGUAUGUAUGUGUGUGUGUGGCUGCUUGUACUAGUCCGGACUGAU